AUGGCAUCAGCAACAGGUAUCCCGGAACAGAGACCAGCAGCGCCAACAGAAGACGAGCCUCUUCUCGGAAGACCAGGGGACGCAUCACAGCAUGAAGGGCAAGGUCUACAAUAUAACCUCAUCCUUGGCACUGGCAUGGUUGCCCAGGCAGGCAUAUGGAUCCUGGUUGCUCUUGUCUGGUCGAGCGUGCUCAUGAACAAAAUUAUCUUCUUCUCAUACCAUCCUCUUGUCAACUCUGCUGGCGUCCUGCUUAUUACGCAAGCCAUUCUGGUGCUUCAACCAACGGCAACCCCAAAACAAAAGACCCAGGGAACCCACGUCCACUUCGCAUUGAAUCUCUCCGGAACCAUACUUCUUAUCGUCGGUUUGAUCAUCAUCGAGAGGAACAAGGCUAGCCACCCCGAAACUCGAUUCAAGAACGUCCACGGCAUCAUGGGCCUGAUAACAUUCAUCUUAAUAAUUAUACAAGCCUUGAUCGGAUUCGUGCAAUUCUACGUGCCAAAGACAGUACUGGGUAGCGUCGACAACGGGAAGGCGCUAUACAAGUAUCAUCGAAUGAGUGGCUACCUCAUUCUCUUGAUGUCCUUGGCAACGAUUUGUGCUGCCACGCAGACAGGAUUCAACAACAAUGUGCUCCACAUGCAACUCUGGGCAGUGAUCGUGGCAAGUGUGUUGGUGGUUGUUGGUAUUGUUCCCCGCAUUAAGAAGCAGAAGUUCGGCUUUUGA